AUGAACCCGUUCCCAACCAACCCGAUGAUAGGAACAGCAAUAAAGUCAACAGAUUGGCAGGAUGCGACGAAACAGUCAAAGAAUAUGCAGCUCCCCAAUGGCUCAUCGAGUCAGCAUGCUCAGUCCCUUUCCGACACCUAUGGAUCCCCUCAGAAUGCGGCGAGGCGGUUGAAGGUCAUCGAUCUCAUGAGUAUCUCCUCUACCCAGCACGCUCAGUCCACACCAUACGUCACUGCAACAGGCCCGUCUACACAACCUGUCAGCCAUACGCCAUCUUCCGCUUGUACAUCGAAUACUGAUGCUAUGUAUUCGCCCACUGAGACGGAAGAGCAACCACACCUUAAGCUUCAGGGCCAUGCUAUCAUAGAUGACCCCAGAAAUUCGCAUCUCAUCAGAUGGUCCGACAAGGGGGAUUCUUUCAUCAUUCCAGACAGGAACAAAUUUGCUCGGACGUUACUCCCUACAAUUUGCAGUCAUGGUAAUUUCAGAGCAUUUUGCCGCCUUCUAUGGUACUAUAAGUUGGAUCUCAAGAAGCAAUCCUCUCCGUUGAGGUCAUGGCAAAGCACUCCGUUCAGAGAAUACAGCAAUCCUAAUUUUCGGCGAGACGAUGAAACCGGGCCUUCGCAUAUGGAAUGUCGAAGGAAGAAGACCAAAGCGCCCUCAGACCCUGGAUCUCGGUCUUCCCUGUUCGCUCGGUGUUCACGUGCACGCGGAGAGUCCACCAUGGAUGAAGAUCAUGUCGCAAGCGACAUGUGGCGAGACGACAAGCCAUGCGAGAGUGUCCCAGGGUCACACUCUAGAUAUCCAAAGCGGCGACAGAUAACUUAG